AUGUCGGCCCCCACCGCCCACGUCGAACACCAAUGCCUAUCUUGUGUGAGGUGGGCCUGUGCACGGCAGGCCAUACGCAGAUGCAGAUGUAGCCGCGAGGAGGUGCGCGUCGGGGCGAGGAAGGUGGACACAGGAGGAGAAGAGAUGGGUUGCAGCGCUCAGCAGAUGGGAUCGUGGGGGUCCGAUGCUGGGCUGACCCUGCAGCCGCGCGGGCGCGAGGUUUACGCGCUGGGGUUCAUCCCCGUGGGCACGGCCACCGUCGUGAGCGGCCCCGUGCUCGCCGCUGGAGCUGCGGCUGGCGCGGCCGCUGGCGCCGUCCUCGCGGCGCCGCUGUACUGGUCCUGGAGGCAGCCCACCUCGUCGCGCCACCCGCUGUCAGUGCACGGCAAGAGGGGUCGAGGUGUCCGGCCAGGGAUCCACGCACCGAAGAACUCCAGGCGUCGGAUAUUUGAGGGUUCGCGCGCGCGCGCCGCGCGCGCGCGCCGCGCGCGCGCCGCGUGGGCCGUCCUCGCCGGG